UAAACAGGAAGUGAGCGCAACUUCACUUGACUGCUGCUGUUCGAAGACCGAGCAAAACUGAGCCCAACAAAACGAAAACAGACCGGCACACUUCAUUCACAUUUGCUCACGGACUCAUUCUUAUCACCGGAGGUAGAAUGACACUACCGAAAUGAUGGCUGCUGUGAUGAUAAUGAGCAAUUCUUCUUGCUCCAUCGUGGUCAUCUCUACAUGUUAUGAAGCCUAGCACCUCCUCUGCUCAGUUUGUGGGUCAGUCUACUGCUGAUGACCUCAUGGAUGAUUGGGUCUUUUUCUCUACUGAAUCAGCUGUUUCCCAGGGCCUAGAAGACAGCAGGGAUGACCAGGAGGCAGAGGACAAAGGCAGAUUCAAAGACAAGUUGGUCUCAGCAUGGAACAGCGUCAAAUACGGCUGGACCUUGAAGCAAAAAUCUAAAUUUAGCAAGCGCUCUCCUGUGUUCAUGCUGGGGAAAUCCUAUGAGCUCAAAGAUGAAGUAGAUCAACAGCAUUUCCGUUGGUGCUUUGCAUCGCUCCUGUGGUUUACAUACAGACGAGGUUUCCGUCCGCUCCCCGGCUCCUCUCUGACCACCGACAGCGGUUGGGGUUGUGUUCUACGCUCCAGCCAGAUGCUGCUGGCACAGGGCCUGCUACUGCAUCUGAUGCCACCAGGUUGCACCUGGUCUGGGAACCAACGUGUUGUCAAAGAUGACAUGGACCUGAUGCACUCUGUGAACGAUGGAUUUAGUUCGAGUGAAAGGGAAAGCAAGAGAAGUCGACAUUUGAGCUGGGGGUCCAUCCUGGAUAGACCCGUGGAGAGUACACACAGAAGGAUUUUACGCUGGUUUGCAGACAACCCCACAGCUCCCUUUGGCAUACAUCGGCUUGUAGAACUGGGCAAAAGCUCAGGGAAGAAGGCUGGGGACUGGUAUGGUCCAUCCAUUGCGGCACAUAUCCUCCGGAAAGCUGUGGAAGCUGCAGUAGUGGAUCUUCCCAAUCUAGUUGUGUAUGUAGCACAAGAUUGCACCAUCUACCUGCAGGAUGUGAGGAAGUUGUGCGAACGGCCUCUCCCUCAGCACUGGAAAUCUGUCCUCAUCCUGGUUCCUGUGCGUCUUGGCGGGCAAGAUCUCAAUCCGUCCUACAUCACCAGUGUCAAAAAACUCUUGAUGUUGGAGUGCUGCAUCGGGAUCAUUGGCGGCAAACCAAAGCACUCUUUGUUCUUUGUUGGCUUCCAGGAUGACCAUCUGCUGUACUUGGACCCUCACUACUGUCAGCCCACAGUGGAUGUAACAAAUAACUUUCCCUUGGAGUCGUUUCACUGUAAGAAUCCCAGGAAAAUGCCUUUCUCUCGCAUGGACCCCAGCUGCACCAUCGGAUUUUAUGCAAAAGGACAAAUGGAGUUUGAGUCGUUGUGCGCAAGUGUUAAUGAGGCUGUGUCAGCAUCUGCAGAGACAUAUCCCAUGUUUAUAUUUGAAGAAGGAAAAACACGGGAGGAAGCGAGAGCAAACACGCCCACGCACAGCGUCACCUUCCUACAGAGGAAGACCCAACUGGGAAGAGUCGAUACAAACAACAGCAUGGAUGAGUUUGUUCUAUUGUAAACAUAAAAAGAUCAUCUCUGCCCUGAUGGAGGUCCUUCACUGAAUUUUCAACAUAGCAUUUUGCACCUUUUGGAAAUUACUGAGCAUAAGAACAUUGUCCUCAUCAUUCACACACAGUGAGGUAGAUGGACUCCUAAGUAGUUUCAUGGGAAGUGUUUAUGCAUCAGUACUGAGAAUGUUAUAUUUUAUUGCAGUUUGUAUUUAUUUUUUUUAUGUUUUAGAGGUAAAUGCUUUAAUAAUUUCAUCAACUCUCGUCAUUCUAAUUGACUUGAGAUUGGCCAAAUAUCCAUGAGGUCAUGGCCCUGUGUGCUACACUUCAAGUCGACUGUGAUUGAUUUCGCACAAGUGAAUAGAUUAAUUUUUUCUUGAAUGGGUUUUAAAAAGUUACUCUCACUGGAUAAUGAUGAUUUACUGAAAAUGUUACAGGUUGGCUGGUUUUUUGCUGUCUAAAUAAACAGAUUAGGAAUGACAAAAUUAAUUUAUGAAAAAGAAAUAAGUAUUCACUGUAGUGCACUCUUACUUUAACUACUGCAUUUCCUGUUGGUACUGACCUUAUGAAAACAUCAGGCUUGAUUGAGAAGAGGAGCGAGAACAAAAAAAAAAAGAUUGCCAUGAAAGAAUAAUUGUUUUCAGUCUCAGUGAUGAUUAUAUAGUUCAGUUCACAACGAUGGUCAACUCAUGGAGCUUUAAAAUGUAAUAUAUUACCCCACAAUAAGAGAGAGCUACAAUGACCAUCCUUGAUAAGCAACUGGUUAGUGAUGGUGCGGAGGUAGAACUCCCCUUUAACAGGAAGAAGCUUCCCACAGAACCAGGAUCAUCUUGGGGCAGCCAUCUGAAACAACCAUGUUUGGUCAGGGGGAA